CAUAAAUACAGCCUUGUUUUUUUUUUUCUCUGUGUCAUUAGAUGAACUUUGGUUUACAUUAACUUAGUCUGCUGUAUUUCAUAAGCUCUGUGUCUAAAAUGGUGGGAGAACUUCUGGUUGUUUUUGUGUGUCGCCAGCUGAGCCUGGUGUUGGGUGCCUGCCCUCAUAUCAUAACUAGAGCUCAAUGGGGCGCCCGGCACCCAACCAGCGCUCCUGUACACAUAGGGCAUCCGGUUCAUUAUGCCUUUAUCCACCAUUCAGCUGGACCAGAGUGCCACGACAGAGCUACGUGCCAGGCUCAAGUGAAAGCUUUUCAGAAUUACCACAUGGACACUAGGGGUUGGCCUGACAUCGGAUAUACAUUUGUUAUAGGCGGUGAUGGCUCCAUCUUUGAAGCUCGAGGCUGGAACGUGGUUGGUGCUCAUACUCUGAACUAUAACAGUGUAGGCAACGGUUUCUGUUUCAUUGGCACCUUCACCAACCACCUUCCCACUGCUGCCGCCCAGCAAGCUGUGAAAGACUUGAUAGCCUGCGGAGUGGCCGAGGGGCACAUUGAGCAUAACUACGUCCUGAGGGGUCACCGUGACAUGGGCAGCACUGAAUGCCCGGGCACGGCCUUCUGGCAUCACAUCAAGACCUGGCCACAUUAUUAACAAGGACAGAAUAAAUAUAAGAAACAAGAACAAA